AUGAUCCUGCAAGGCGUGGCGGUGAUCUCUGCGCACGCGGCCGCGCGGCCCGCCUUGGCGGCUCCGAGCGACCUGCGCAGCCCCGCGCUCAUGCCGCUCGAUCAUAUGAUCACGCUGCUGGUCGAACUCAUCAUUAAGUCUGCCAAGGAGCAGGAGCAGAUGAUCCUACAGGGCGUGGCGGUGAUCUCUGCGCACGCGGCCGCGCGGCCCGCCUCGGCGGCUCCGUGCGACCUGCGCAGCCCCGCGCUCAUGCCGCUCGAUCACAUGAUCACGCUGCUGGUGGAGCUUAUUAGUUCAACAACAGGGCGCGUGCAAACAGCCAUCACCGCGGCCCUUCUAGAUACAUGCGCGUGCGCAGCCUCCGCCGCCGGCAUGCAGGAGGCGCAGUGCCUGCUGGCCGCGCUGCAGAACCCGCUCGAGGUGGUCCGCGACGCCGCCCUCCGUGGUCUGUUAGAACUUCGCGGCGCGCUGCCUGCGCUGCUAGAAGACCCUGAUCAUGCUCUCGACCUGACCAAGAGACUGAUGGUGGCCACCUUCGACUUUGGGGAUGAUAAUAAACCAUCCGAGAACCGCGUGCUAGCCGAGCAGCUAUGGUCCUCUUUACCCCAGGAGCAGCUCCAUCAAUGGUCUUCCUCCCCCGCACUAGUGCCCGCUCUGGUUGCGCAGGCGCAGCACCCGGCGGAGCACGUGCAGCGCGCCGCCGCCGCCGCGCUGGCUGCGCUGGUGGAGGGGAGGGGGGAGGGGGGCGCCGAGCACGUGCUGCACUGUCUGCUGGCGCUGUACAGGGAUAAGCUACCGCACCCGGCGGAGCCCGUGCAGCGCGCCGCCGCCGCCGCGCUGGCUGCGCUGGUGGCGGGGAGGGGGGAGGGGGGCGCCGAGCAUGUGCUGCAUUGUUUGUUAGCGCUGUAUAGGGAUAAGUUGCCGCUGAUCCCAUCCAAACUCGACCAGUUCGGGCACGUGACAGAAGCCGCAGUGGACGAGUGGGGCGCGCGGCGCGGCGCCGGGCUGGCACUGACCGCGCUGGCGCCACAACUAGACGCCGCCGGGGUCGCCGUGGCCGUCGAGUUCUUCGUCAGUGAGGGGCUGGGAGACAGGAAUGAAGCUGUGAGGGCUGAGAUGCUGAAUGCAGCUAUGGCCAUGGUGGAUCUGCAUGGGAAGUCCAAGUUAGUUAGCGCAGCAGCUAGCUCGCCGCUGGCGCCGCAACUGGACGCCGCCGGGGUCGCCGUGGCCGUCGAGUUCUUCGUCAGUGAGGGGCUGGGAGACAGGAAUGAAGCCGUGAGGGCCGACAUGCUGAACGCGGCUAUGGCCGUGGUGGAUCUGCAUGGGAAGCUGGACGCCGCGGGGGUCGCCGUGGCGGUCGAGUUCUUCGUCAGUGAAGGACUGGGCGACAGGAAUGAAGCCGUGAGAGCUGAUAUGCUGAAUGCGGCUAUGGCCAUGGUGGAUCUGCAUGGGAAGGUCAGUAGAUAG